AUGGGGACGGGGACGGGGGGACGCGGACGGGUGGACGGGGGGACAGGUGGACGGGGACGGGGGGGACGCGGACGGGUGGACGGGGGGACAGGUGGACGGGGACGGGGGGGACGCGGACGGGUGGACGGGGGGACAGGUGGACGGGGACGUGGACAGGUGGACGGGGACGGGUGGAUGGGAGGACGGGGACGGGGGGACGGGGACGGGAGGACGGGGACGGGUGGAUGGGAGGACGGGGACGGGGGGGACGGGGACGGGAGGACGGGGACGGGUGGAUGGGAGGACGGGGACGGGGGGACGGGGGCGGGAGGACGGGGACGGGUGGAUGGGAGGACGGGGACGGGGGGACGGGGACGGGGGGACGAGGGGUGCAACAUCCGGUGUGAUUUGUAA